AUGUAUAAACAGUCAAUAAAUAGUUUGAUGGUAAAAAAAACAAUUUCUAAAAAUGAGAGAAAUAUAAUAAAAGAUAUAUUAUUAAUUACAGUUAUAGGGAUAGUAGUAAAAAUAUUGUGUAUAGUAUAUACAAUAAUAUGUAGUAGACUUAUAAAUAAUUAUAAGUUUAGUCUGGAUUUAUUAUGUUUUGGAAAUGAGGGAAGUUUGUGGAAAUAUAUUAAAUAUUUUUCUUAUUGGGAUGGAGAAUAUUUUUUAAAAUUAUCACUAAAUGAAACAGAAUAUAUAUAUGAACAUAAUCAUGCCUUUUUUCCAGCAUUACCCAUAAUUUUAAGAAUUAUACAAAAAUUAUUAAAAAAUUUAUUUCCAAAUAUUACUAGCUCUUGUUCAAUUUAUAUUUUUUUAGCUAUAAUUACAAAUUUGUUUUUUUUUACUAUUGGUACUAUUGGUAUUUAUUUAUUCCCAUUAAUUUAUUUUCAAAAUGUGAAAAGAAAAGAGAGAGAACAAGAUGACAAUAUAAAAAAAACGGAAAAAAAAAAUGAUGAAAAUUCAUUAUAUAAUACAUUAAAUAAUGAUACUUGUUAUUAUUUAUAUCAUAUAAAUAGUUGGGAAGAAUGUAAACGUUUUAGUUUUUUUUUGUCUUUAUUAUAUAUUUUUAGUAUUGGGAAUAUACACACAAUUUCUUUUUAUAAUGAAAGUAUUUUUAGCUGUUUUUCAAUAUGGGGAUUUAAUUUUUUAAAAUUAUCAUUAAAUAAUUAUAAGUUCAAUUUUAUUUUUGAAAUAUUAGCAGUAGUGUUUUUUUUUAUAGCUUCUUGUUUUAGAUCAAAUGGCAUAUUGUUUUUAAUACCGCUUUUUUUUUAUAAUUUAUAUUCAUGUAAAUUUGUUAGACAUUGCGUUAAGUUAUGGAAAAUAAGUGUAGAAGAUCGUCAUGGCAAUGCUGACCAUGCUGACAAUGCUGAUAAUGCUGAUAAUGGUGAUAAUAAUAAUGGCGAUAAUAAUAGCGAGCUCGGGUGCAAUAAAAAUAUAAUAUUUUCUUAUUUUUGCACACAAAGAAUUAUAUGCUUUUUAAUAUUUUGGUUAAAAGCAUUAUGUGAAGCAUUAAUUAUAAUAUUUCCACUUUUUAUUUUUCAGCUUUAUUCAUAUCAUUUAUAUUGUAUAGAACAUAAUGAUUUGUGGACAAAUCAAAAUAAAAAAUUUUAUUUUUUUUUAAUAAAUUUUUUUAAAAAUCCAAUCUCAUAUUUUAAUAUAUGGAGUUAUGAUAAUAUACAAAAAAUAAACAGACCAUGGUGCGAAAAAGUUAUACCUUUUUCUUAUAGUUAUAUACAGAAAAAAUAUUGGAAUGUCAAAUUUUUAAAAAUUAUAUUCGAUCCAGAUUUUAAGAUAUUUUAUUCAGCACCUAUAUAUUUUAUAUCAUAUCAUAGUAUAAUUAAUUUUUUUAAGAAUAAUAAAUUUUACCCUUUCAAAACAUUAGUUUUAUAUAACCCAUUUUUUAUGGCUAUAACACAUUUAUUUUUUUUAACAACUUACAUAUUAUUAUUUGCUCAUAAUGAGAUUAUAUUACGAUUAAUUUUAGGCUGUCCCGUUUUCUACUUACAUUAUGCAUAUUUAUUAAAAUAUUUUAAGAAAUGGAAUUUUCUUUUAUUCAUUAAUUUGUUAUAUUUUUUUGUGGGCCCACCAUUAUUUGGAGCAUAUAUAGCUUGGACGUAA